UGUAAUAGACCUGAAAUGGAUCGUAUGUCAUCGCUACUAAAGAGUAAAGCAUCGAAACCGCAUGGAAAAAUCAACACUAUCCGAAUUUCUAGAAACAAGAGUUUGUUUCACCCCAAGACGUAAAACCCUUUGGAAGAAGUUUGCGGUUCUAGUGACCAUAUGUGGGGUCGGGGCACUACUGUAUUUUUGCAUCGCAGAAGUCGAGACUUGUAUUGAGGGGAUGAAGUUUGUGAAAGCGCGUUGUUCUGUAAACGAGAGCGGUAUACAAGGCGAGAUUCUAUGCGAUUGCGGUGUGUAUGUCCCAUCUGCUUGCUAUCCGUGUUUAAAAGUCUUGGUCGUGGUCGGAAUUGAUGGCGAAAAAGAGAAAUUCUCGCCCCCUGUGUUGCUGUACGAGAGUGUGUUUACGUUGGAUCAAAUAUGCUCUUACAAGCCCCCAUCCUGUUGCCAUGACAAUGUCAAAAACACCCAAUCAGUGAUGCAGAUACAAAAAGAGAUGCUAGCGAUGGGCCCUGCGUUUGAAUGCCACUACAACCCCAGGAACACGAGCCAAGUGAUACUUCAUAGACAUAACUACGAGUGGAUCGUAGCAAGCUGUUUUCUGUGGCCCUCUCUUGCCAUAGUCUUCGGCAUAGCAUCGAUACGAUUUAUCGAGAACAUGGAAGAACGAGACGCCUAUGUGAAGCAAUUGAUCAUGAUGGUAGAGGCCAAGCGAAAAAUAAGUGGCAAGUACCACAGGAAGAUCAGCUCGGCUGAGCCACGAACACCGACUGCUGUAUGAUUCAGCACACAAAGGGCACGUGCUCGUCACAUGUUACUGAGCCACAAACGACUGCGGUAUGAUACAGCACGCGGUGUACACGUGCUCGUCAUGUGCAAAUUGACUCACGAACACAGAUUGCCGUAUGAUACAGCACGCUAAGGGCACGUGUUCGUCACAUGUAACUGAGCCACAAACAUCGCCGUAUGAUGCGGCACACGGUGGGCACGUGAUCGUCACAUGUUACUGAGCCACAAUUGUCUGCGGUAUGAUACCGCACGCUAAGAGCACGUGCUCGUCAUGUGCAAGUUGACCCACGAACACAAACUGCCGUAUGAUGCGGCACACGGUGAGCAUGUGUUGGUCAUGUGCAAAUUGAACACAGACUUCCGUAUGAUGC